AUGAAUAAUCGAAACAGCAUGGCGCUCGUCCCCAGAGCCAAUAUUUUACAGAGGCUUCUCAAGCUCGACGCCGUACGCUCUUCACACUACUUGCCACUCGCAAAUCACAGUCGAAGAAAUCCUUCCCUCCACUCGCUAUCUCUGAAACUCCUGACUCUUGUGGUGUUUGUUUUCGGUGACCCAAUCUCCGAGGUAGUUGUUUCAGAGUCGUGGAAUUACUCCUUUUCCCGCUUACAUCUCUGUUUCCUUUCCUGGGAGGAACUAAGCCCAAUGGAAGCCUUUCAGCUAUUAAAGCCCGUGAGGCGUCUCGCUGAAGAGUCGACAUCAGACUGGCGGAAAACUCGGAAGUAG